AGUCUUUACAGAGAGAGAGAUUCUGGCGUGGAAGUGUGGUUUGCCAGCGAUGAAACAGAAGGCUUUCUCUCUCUAAAGCUGGCACUGUAUAUUCAUGCACUAACUAGUUAUUUUUCCAUUUUCCAUAUCUCUAUCACUAUAUUUACAUAUUUUCCUCUCAAAAUAUGAAGAUAUUUAUGUAAACAGAGAUAUACUCAUUAGCCCAAAAUCAAGAAUAUUUUGUUGGCAUUUAGAAUUUUGAUAGUUGAUCCUUGUACAUUAACAAUGGCUGCAUCUCCUCCAUUUCUUGCCAAUGGAGAAAAGAAACACUGGUGGAUUAGCAACAAAAAGAUUGUGGAAAAAUUUAUCAGAGAUGCCAAAAUUUUCAUUGCCACUCAAGAACCAAAAGAGAUUGCUUCAGCUCUUAGCCUUGUUGAAGCUGCGCUUGCAAUUUCUCCACGUUUUGAGAUUGCCUUAGAGUUAAAGGCUCGAUGUUUGCUCUAUUUAAGGUGUUAUAAGGAUGUAGCCUAUAUGUUACAGGAUUAUAUUCCUAGUCUAAAAAUGCCCAAUGAUGAUACAUCUUCUACCUCUUCUUCUGGUUCAUUUGAUAGCUCAAAGGAGCAAAUUAGGCUCAUUUCUUAUGGUGAUGAGCCAAACUUCAAGUGCUUCUCUAUAUCUGAUUUGAAGAAGAGGGUUAUGGCUAGCCUCUACAAGAAUUGCAAUAAAGAAGGUCAAUGGAGGUUCUUGGUCUUAGGACAAGCUUGUUGCCAUCUGGGCCUAAUGGAAGAUGCAAUGGUUUUGUUACAAACCGGCAAACGCCUUGCUACGGACGCAUUUCGACGAGAGAGCAUUUGUUGGUCCGACGAUAGCUUCUCGUUUGCCAAGUUUCCUGUCUUCUCAGGCAACAGUUGCUGCACGACUUUUCCAGUAACCGAGUCGGAAACAAUCUCUCAACUUCUCAGUCAUAUCAAGCUACUCUUACGACGAAAAACUGCCGCAAUUGCAGCUCUUGAUGCUGGUCUUUACUCAGAAGCUAUUAGGCAUUUUUCAAAAAUUGUGGAUGGUCGUCGUGGGGCCCCUCAGGGGUUUAUGGCCGAAUGCUAUAUGCAUCGAGCAUCUGCUUAUCGUUCCUCUGGUCGAAUUGCAGAAGCAAUAGCUGAUUGCAAUCGAACCCUAGCAUUGGACCCUUCUUGUAUUAAUGCACUUAGAACUAGAGCAGCAUUAUUUGAAACUAUAAGAUGCUUGCCCGAUAGCCUUCACGAUUUGGAGCACUUAAAACUCUUGUAUAAUUCAAUUCUACGAGAUAGGAAGUUACAAGGACCAAUAUGGAAACGCCAUCAAAACGUGGCAUACAGGGAGAUUCCAGGGAGGCUUUGUUCAUUGGCUACGAAAAUUCAAGAAUUGAAGAAGAGAGUUGGAAAUGGCGAAACGGGGAAUGUGGAUUACUAUGCAUUGAUUGGUUUGAAGGGGGGUUGUUCAAGACCAGAACUGGAAAGAGCGCAUUUGUUGUUAACUUUAAGACACAAGCCUGAUAAAUCGACGAGUUUUGUAGAAAGGUGCGAGUUUGCAGAUGAACAAGAUAUAGAUUCUGUGAAGGAUAAAGCAAAGAUGUCAGCUUUGUUGUUGUAUAGAAUGAUACAGAGAGGUUAUGGAAGUUUGAUGACGACAAUCAAGGACGAAGAAGCGGCUGAGAAGCAGAGAAAGAAGGCUGCUGCCGCAUUGCAACUGAUGCAGCAACAAGUUCAGCUAGAUCAAGAACAACUCCAACAAUCAAGAACUGAAACUUUUGGCACUGUUUCAAUGCAACAACACGUUCAGCAAAUUGAAGAACCUAAACAAUCUAGAGCUGAAAUUCUUGAUUCAGAUAUGUGUAACACAAAUGUUACAAACGCGACAGUGUUCAAGGGGGCGUUCUGCAGAGAACUUACGAUCGUUGGGAAUUUGUUGUCACAAGCUGGAUUUAAUCAACCAAUUCCAGUGAAAUAUGAAGCAUUGAGUUGUUGAAUCUUAGGGGACAGAAAAGAGAAUAAUUUGAGAUGUUAUGCCACUAGGUCAGCAAUAUCUGAAGGUCUCGGGUUCAAGCCCAGAGUAUGAAACAAAAUCCUGUUAGGGAAAGCUUUCCCUUGAUGGUUCUUACAUGGUGCGAAUUCAGAUUAGUCGAGGCCCAAUGCAGACCUGACAUAGGGUGGGAAACCAAAAAAAUAGAAAAUGAAUCUGCUCCUAUAUCAUUGUACACAUGGGGAAAAUUAAGUAUUUACCACUGCUA